GCGUCAUGGCCCAAGCUUCAAAUUAAUCGCGUCCGACGUCACUGCCUGGCCGCCUGGACUCACUCUCCGCCGAACCUCUCCGCCGAAAUACCGCGCAACGUUGCUAAUCAUCAUGGCCAGCUCUAGUGGAACAUACAAUCCCGCGCGACCGAAGCGCGCUGGCGAGCAAUUCACGCGUACCCACCACAUGGACGGCGACGAGCAUUCGACCAAGAAACCCCGCUUUGACCCGCGCAACCCCUCCACGCUGGCUCCGGAUGCAGACGAUGAGGAAGAUCCUGCUCUCGAGGCUGACGUUAUAGGGAAAAGCGCAGGCAUCAAGCGGAACGCGGUCAACAUCGACGGCUACGACUCAGAUAGCUCCACGGAGAACUUCGAGGCGCGCGCAGAAGCCCGACCCAACAAGGACGAGCCGCCCAAAACCGAGGAUGAUGACGACGACAUGUUUGCAGAAGACGACAAGGACGAUGACAUGGACGAGGGAUCACGGAGAGAUCAGACCAAGAAGAAGAAGUUGCGCUUCCUGGACGAUGCCGAGAUCGAAGGUCAGGAAGCGAAUAGCAAGUCUGGGGGUCACGUAGCUGUCGACUUCACCAAGGGUCCGAAGAGCAGAACAGACGAAGUGGAGAGUAGUAGCGAUGAGGGGGAUGACGAGUUGCGUGACCACGUCCCAUCCGACGUCGACGAGGAGAUAGGUGCAGGUGGCAAGAAGAAGCAUGCGCCUAAGCUGGAUGCUUUCAACAUGAGCGCUGAGCAGGAGGAGGGUCGUUUUGACGAAGCCGGAAACUUUGUGCGCAAGGCCUUCGACCCAGAAGCUGCCCAAGACUCAUGGUUGGAUGGCAUAUCGAAAAAGGACAUCAAGAAGGCAAAGGAGGCGCAAGACAAGCUGGAUGCCGAGCGAAAGGCCCGGGAACGAGCCGAAGACUCCAUCGUGACCAGUGACGUUCUAUCGACCCUCAUCGCGCAUCUGGACGUUGGCGAGACACCCAUGGAAGCUCUCGUGCGAUAUGGCAAGGCAGCACCGAAGAAGCCAGCCAAGAACUGGGCAAAGAAAAAGAAGAGCCAGGCUAUGGAAGUCGAUUCAGAUCCGUCGCAGGACGCCGCAGCGAUCAAAGCAAAAGAGGUGAUUGAUUCUAUAACCGAAUGCGCCAGUCGGCUGUCUGAUCGCGGCGUCGAGGACAUUUACGAACUCCCCCGCGAAUCCAUCAUGCGGCAGUACAAGCGUGAGACUGGAGAGGAUUGGAAGAACCCGAACCCGGAAACAGUGCAGUGGGAGUUCCACUGGCUCAACGCACCAGAAGGUGAGAUCAAUGGGCCAUACGACCAGGCGACCAUGCAAGCGUGGGAAGCAAGUGGGCAGUUCGCAGCAGGAGCCGAGUUCCGACGCGUCGGCGAGACUGAGUUCUCGCGACUGCUCGACUUUGAGGACUGAAGGGGUAUGCAAUUGAUGUAAGCACAGCCACGAUUUCCGUCUGUCGCGUAACGAGUCCGCAGAAAAGGGAUGAUGGCGAUACGUCGCGCCCGAGAGUGGUGUUCGGCCCAGUGGCCGGAUUCACAUGAUCAGCUAUGCAUGCAGGCUAAGCGAUCCUACAAACCACAUCUGCUGUGCUCAGCCAGUCGGAAACUUGAUAAAAGCGGGAAGCCGUCCCUGAUCGUCUUCCAUGGCCGAGUAUAUGCCUAGCUUUCAGAUGCUUUGUCAAAUGAGAUGCGUCAGUACGCUGUGCGGCGUGGACUGCGCAGCGUCUGUUGGGCGGGUGCAGAUUAUACAGAGUUAUGUGUACACCACAAUAGAAUAUGAACAACAUGUCUUGAGCGAUCAUCGUGAAUAUGCAGCCUUAUUCCAGUUGCACAUCUGGGGUGCAGCACGAUGAACCGUACAUGGGGAGAUUACCGGUGGCAGGGUGCAGCUGACGACGUCGC